AGCCGUUGCUUUUUGCCUAUAAAAUGCAAGCAAAUGAGCCUGAAACAAAUAUCGAAUUCAACUACACCUCAAAGAGAUCAACUUAUUAGUACUCAUGGCUUCAAAAGAGAUCAGCUUUGCUUUCUCCAUCAUAUUUAUCCUCUUGAUCUCUGGUUUUGUUUCAGCUCAACUGUCCACAAACUUUUACGCCAGUUCAUGCCCACAAGCUUUACAAAUCAUCAAAUCCACCGUUAAUGCAGCCGUCAACAACGAGAAACGAAUGGGAGCUUCGCUGCUCCGUCUUCAUUUCCAUGACUGCUUCGUCGAUGGUUGUGAUGGUUCUAUUCUCUUGGAUGACACUCCUACAUUCCUUGGCGAGAAGACAGCUUUUCCCAACGUAAAUUCUGUGAGGGGAUUUGAUGUGAUCGAUACCAUUAAAGCAAAUGUUGAGAAUGCUUGUCCGCAAGUAGUAUCUUGUGCAGAUAUUGUAGCAGUUGCUGCACGUGACUCCGUAGUUGCAUUAGGUGGGCCAUACUGGUCUGUGCCGCUUGGAAGAAGGGAUUCAUUAACUGCAAAUUUCAGCCAGGCUAAUACAGACUUACCAGCGCCACAAUCAAAUCUCACUCGCCUCAUAUCAGCUUUCGCUAAGAAGGGUCUGAAUGCUAAUGAAAUGGUAGCACUGUCAGGGGCACAUACAAUUGGGCAAGCAAGGUGCAUCUCAUAUAGAAAUCGAAUCUACAAUGACACCAACAUUGAUUCAUCAUUUGCUUCAACCUUAAAAGUAAACUGCUCCAUCUCCAGUACCGAUGACAACAACCUAGCCCCACUUGACACAGUUACUCCUACCAACUUUGAUAAUUAUUACUACAAGAAUUUGCUAGUUGAGAAGGGCCUUUUGCAUUCUGAUCAAGAGCUCUACAAUGGAAAUUUCACUGAUGCUCAAGUAAAUUUCUAUGCACAUAAUAGUGGGAAGUUCUUCAAAGAUUUUUCUAAUGCUAUUAUUAAAAUGGGUAAUAUAAGUCCUCUUACCGGAACUCAAGGGGAAAUCAGACUCAAUUGUCGCAGGAUCAACUAAUAAGAAAGUAAAUUGUGUCAAGAUACCCUAUAUAAGAAUAUAUCAUGAUAAGAAGGCAGUUGUUCGAAAUAAUUAUGAAGCUUUUUAGCAUAAAUUAUUGAACUUUUGGUUUUAUCUUAUGAAUAAAGUGGGCUCUAAUAUUAUAUUGUGUACUAUUUAAACGUCUUUUAAUUUAUAAUAAGUAUCAACUAUCUUCUAUUUCUGUUAUAUUGUUUAUUAGGUUCUUUGAUGCAAAAAAAUGAUAUGUUAUAUGCAUCAUAAAGUACUGUGUCGUGCAUUGUGUUAUGCUUUCUAUGUAUGUGUAACAAUUCUGAGAAUAAAGGGAUGUUGUGGAAUU